CCCGCAAGUAGCUCGCAUGUCGGAGAUAAAAGCACCCGCCUGCUCCCAAUGAUGCUCUCCGUAUCCUUCCAUCCACCCUUAGGAAACGCAAGAAUCAGAAUCUCCUGCCAACUCUCGCAGGCUAUCACGAUCCGCCAUAAGCCGUCUUGCCCUUACAUAACUUCGAUACAUCCGCACCUCAAACCCACGGAGUGCUCCACAAGGUCGCAAUGGCCGGCAACAUCCAACAACUCCCUCCCGCCACGCAGGCGGCCACAUUCGUUCACCGCUUUACCGAAGACUCGCUGAGCUGCGCCUGCUACAUCAAGUGUUGCCACUUCGAGGGCUGCUGCAUCACGGCGCCGGGUCGAAGCUUGGAAUCGCUUCCGUACAUGGAGGAUUACGAUCCCAUUACCAUCCAGAACAGGGAGCCUCAAAAACAGCAUGCUGGACGACGUAGCUUUCUCGAUCUCCCACCCGAGCUCCGGAACAAGAUCUACAUCCAGGUAGUUCUCAGCGACGAGGUGAUCGGGAUGAAGCUUAAUCCCACCAUCAUGGACCACGGCGAGGAGCACAAGUGGGGCCGCGACAAUGCAUGGGCGAUGCUCGGCGUAUGCCGUCGCCUCUACCACGAGGCUUCAUCCCUCGCAUAUAAAGAGAACUAUUUCCAGAUCUACCGCGGCAGCCACCGUGAUUUCUUCAUCACCAAGCACCCAGGUAUGCCCUACGAUCACAUUCGCUUCCUUCACAUAUUCUAUCCGAUGGAGUCCUCGCCCUGCAACUGGCAUAUGAACCACAUGUGGUACCAUUGGCUCAAAGAUGCGGAGAUGGUGCGCAAGUGGUUCCCGAACCUGAAACGGCUGUUUCUCAAGAUGGGGUACGAGGGCUUCGAUCCGAACACCCUCUACAAUUACUACACCUGGGCACCGCUGCUGUUCAAGCAGCCCAGCGAGUCUGACACCGCGAUGCUGGAGCGCGUCACUGCGGUUCUGCGCGCAAUGACGCACCUGCACGGCUGUAAGAUGCCUGGUAUCGUCCAGCUCAACUUCUGGGGGUACUUCCGCGAUGUCAGUUCAGAGGAGUACUACCCGGCCGACCACGAGCCGCAGAUACUGAAUAAGGCCAUCUUGAAGUGCGCGGGUCCGAACGUUGAUUUCGAGCAGUACCGCAAGGAGUCGUAUCCUAUGCACUGGAUCACGGGCCCCACCGCCACUUUCUUCGGUAACGAGCGGAAUCCGGCAGAGUACGAGAACAUCUAUGAGGGCGUGCGGUUGGACUCUGAGGCCGGGGAGUAGGGGUGAGAUGGUGCGGGGGGUUCAUGAGGUUGAAAGCCAGCACGUUGGCUGCUCGCGUUGGCAUUCCUUUCUUGCCUCCUUGAGUGGGUUGUACAUUUUAUGUUUUGAUUGGUUAAAGAUGGGCCUGGGGGAAUACAAGUGGUUUCUUUCUACAGUUUUGAUGUUGUAU